AUGGGCUGGGUCGUCAGAGUGGCGGUGAUCGGAUCGGGCGUAUCCGGGCUCUGCGCGGCCCGCGAGCUUCAACGAGAGGGCCAUCGCGUCGUCGUCUUCGAAAAACGUGACCGGAUCGGCGGCACGCGGGCCUACGACCCACGGGUCGAAUCAGACCCAUUAAGCAUUGAUCCGGCCCGAGAGAUUAUCCACGGAAGUCUCUACCGAAACCUGCGGACCAAUCUUCCUAGACAGCUUAUGAGCUUCUCGGACUACCCCUUUUUGAAGCGGGAAGGCGGGGAUCCGAGAAGCUUCCCGGGUCACGAGGAGGUACUUCGGUUCUUGGACCGGUUCGUGAGGGAUUUUGGACUAGCUGAGUUGGUCCGGGUCGACACGGAGGUCGUCCGAGUCGCGCGAGUUGGUACGAGGAAGGACGAGUGGGUGGUUGAGUCGAGGACUGGGAGAAGUGACUCGGUGAGUAGAGAGGUGUUCGAGGCUGUGGUCGUUUGUAGCGGGAACUUCGUGGAGCCGGAGAUCGCUGCGGUUGAAGGUAUAGAGAAGUGGCCAGGAUAUCAAAUUCAUAGUCACAAUUAUCGCAUCCCUGAACAAUUCCGUGGCCAAGUUGUGGUUAUAAUAGGAUAUGGAGCUAGCGCUUUUGACAUCUCAAGAGAUAUUUCAAGUGAAGCCAAAGAAGUUCAUUUAGCCAUAAGGAAACCGGGAGUCAAACUAGGAAGGGUGGAAAACCACAAGAAUAUAUGGCACCAUAUGAUGAUAGAACGUGUUUAUGAAGAUGGUACAGUUGCUUUUCAAGAUGGAUUCUCAGUUUGUGCUGAUACCAUUCUCCACUGUACUGGGUUCAAAUACCAUUAUCCAUUUCUCGAAACAAAUGGAAUCGUUACUGUCGAAGAAAAUCGCGUUGGACCAUUGUACAAUCAUGUCUUUCCUCCAAGCUUAGCUCCAUGGUUGUCUUUCAUUGGUAUACCUAUAAAGGGUCUACUCUUCGACACAAUGGAGUUACAAUCCAAGUGGAUUGCGCGUGUUUUAUCCGGUAAAUUGAUGCUGCCAAGCGAGGAAGAAAUGAUGGCUUCUACCGAAGAGUUCUAUAAGAAGAUGGAGGAGAAUGGACUGCCAAAACGCUCCACGCAUUUCCUUUUAUUUCAGAUUGGAUACCAAAAUUGGCUAUGUGCUCAGCUAGGAUUGCCACCAAUUGAGGAGUGGAAGUACAAGAUGUACGAAGAGAGUCUCAAUAACAUAUACGAAAUGCGAGAUAUUCGAUACAAGGACCAAUGGGAUGAUGCUUACUGGGAGGGAAUCAUCAAGGAUGCUAAAUCUAUUUAAAUCUUGUUCAAGUUCAUCAUCCAAAUUAAUCCGAAACUUGUUCUCUAUCUUUCAAUUCGAGUUUCGGAAUCUCAGUUUUCUACAUUCAUAGUCUAUCCAAGUUUUUCACACGAAACGAGUAUUAUGAAUUUAUAUGUUACUUU